UGGGGUUUGGCAUCUCUUCGUGAGACCAUGCUGUCCAGCAUACAGAAUCACCAUAUAUGCCAGCGUAAGUGUGUGAGUAUUGUGGCGGCCUCUUCAUAUCACACCACAAUCCAUUCCAUCUCAUCACCAAACAUCUCCCUUUCCCGCUUCCAUACCAUUGAUACAUCCUUCACCAUGCCAAGGACAGACUCAGUAGCCUCUGGCUUCUUGGGCUAUUUCGGCUUCGGUGCCAAACCAACAGAACCUGAAGUCAAGAAUGCCACACGUGCACUUCCCGCCAGCUGGUAUCAAUCAAAAGAGAUGUAUGAGCUCGAGCGACGAGCAAUUUUCUCUCGCAAGUGGCAACUCCUUACACACAAGAACCGUUUCGUCGAAGCCGGCGACUUUCUCCGCUUUCCCAUCGCGGGCUUCAACAUUGUCCUCGUCAAGGACCGCCAGGGCAACAUUAACGGCUUCCACAACGUUUGCAGACAUCGCGCCUUCCCUGUCGUGACAAAAGACUCGGGCACCGCAAGAAUCUUUUCCUGCAAAUACCACGGCUGGUCAUACGGUCUGAACGGCAAGUUGGCCAAAGCACCUGGCUAUCAAGACCUCGAUGGCUUCAAGAAGGAGAACAACGGUCUGCUUCCUAUCCACGUCAAGAUUGACAAGACUGGUUUCGUGUGGAUCAACUUGGACGCAAAGGAGGAGCCAGAGAUCGCGUGGGAAGAUGACUUUGGAGGCGUCGAUGAGCAAAAGCGAUACGAACAAUUCAACUUUGAAGACUAUGUUUUCGACCACUUCUGGGAGAUGGAGGGUGACUACAACUGGAAGAUCUUGGCCGAUAAUUACAAUGAAUGCUACCACUGCCCAACAACGCAUCCUGACAUCGGUGCGCUCGCAAACUUGGACUCUUACGCCGUCAACACAACAAAAGGACAAAUUCUCCACGAUGCUGCCACGACUGACGAGCAGCGAAAGGCCGGUCUCGUUGUCGCAGCCAGCUACUAUUUCCCCAACGUUUCCACAAACAUCUCCCCCCACUUCUUCAUGAUCCAACGCUUCGUCCCCAGCAGCUCCAGCCGCUCUUCCAUGCAAUACCAAGUCUUCCGCAACAAGAACUCAUCCGACGAAGACUUCGACCUCGUCAGCGGGAUCUACAAACGCAUUAUGUCCGAAGACAAGUAUCUCUGCGACCAAGCGCAAAAGAACCUGAAUGCUGGAGUUUUCAUCAACGGUGAAAUGCACCCAAAAAUGGAGAAGGGACCUCUCUAUUUCCAAUCUUCUAUUCGUGAGACUGUUGUGGCGCACCAUGCGAGGGAACAGCAGCAACGAGAGGAGAUUUGGCCUGCGAGACAUCAGUUGCCGAAUACGACGAAUUCGGUCAUUUCGCAGGAGGAUAUUGAUUUUUGUUCUGGGUUGGCUUGUUCGCCGGAGAAGCAGGAGCAGUUGGCUUGGUAGACAGUGGUCGGCUGGCUGCUUUUGCCAAGAUGAUGAUGUUGAUGACAAUGUGACGAAGAAAGGUUGAUGCAUGUUUUUGAGUGAUAGCGUUCGCAAAUUGAGUAAAUAGCAUUUCUUGAGAAGGAGUUGGGAAUACUUUGGGUUUUACAAGAGGAAGAGAGGGAAG